UUUGUCAAAUAAUCGACAACGUUAAAGAAGAACCACACAUGAACAUUAUGUAUAGUACUAGGGAUGAUGGCCAUCAUACACCCAUUUAUCGAUAACAAGACCUCUACGAAUAUUGCAAGAGUGAAGAAGAUAUUGCUAACAGAUCGAGUAACAGGUAAUAAAUCCUCCUUUUAUGACAAAGAGCCUAUUCCAGAGAUCAAUGCCCCGGAUAUCAGUGUUCGAUUUGUUGAUGAUAAUGUUCUAAUGACAAUUCUUUGUGAGAUACAACAUGGUCUUGUUACCAAAAUUGUUACCGAGAUUACAAAUAGUCAUCUCUUCAUUACCAACAUGAAUUCUAUGCCAAUUGUUGGUAAUAUUUCCCAAGUAUCCUUUGUCGCUCGGAUGGAAUCAGAUUUUAGGAUGAGUAAAGAGGAUUUGACGAGCGUUCUUCAUUCGAUUUUCGAGUAGCAAAGAUUUGUGGCACCGGAUUGUGUUUGUUCAAAGACUUUCUGUCUGAUGCCUAAAUUUAAAUUGUUUAAUUUUACCUGUUUGAAUAAUUGAAUUUUGUAUUUGAGUUUAAGAUGAUGGAAAAUCGUUUAAAAUGGUUUGGACAUGUAAGCAGUAGAUCAAGUGAUGCCCCGGUUAGGAGGAUAGAAGGGUGGCAAAGUGAUAGAACUGCAAGGGGUAGGGGAAGACCUAAGAAAACUUGGAGGAAGGUGAUUGAACACGAUAUGAGCUUUCUUGGGAUUGAGGAAAAUGUGGCGUUGGAUAGGACAGUGUGGAGGGAGAUAAUAUACAUUGAUGACUUCAGUUGAUUUAUACAGCUUUCAUGUUUUUGUUUCUUUCUA